GUUGGCAAAAGUGUUUUACAUCUUUUAUUGCUCAGAUGAAAGUGAAGGUGUCCACGGCUUGGUGACAGUUUGUUGAAAUCAUCGCAGCAUGAAUAACAUGGAGGUUGGUCAAACUGAUGAGUUUACUUUUCACGCACAACUGAGGAAAGUGUAACCUCCAGACAGUCCCUCCUCUAAGAUGGGUGUGGAGAAACAUUUGCUUAUAAAGCAGUGCUGCUCCUGCUGUUAGUAAAAACUAACGGCACGAUGCUGACUUCCAUCCAGCUGAUUGCUUUGCUCUUUCUGACCAUCCCAAACAACGCGGAGAAACUUUUCCAUAAUCGGGAUCACUCUGAUGUUCAGAUCCUUAAAACUCACCAGGCUCCUGUUAUUACAGAUGAAUACAAAGCCGAGUUAUUUCUCUCUAGAUAUGGAUUCAUCAAGCCGAUUAACUGGGAGGAGAUCCAGACGGAGAGCUCCGACACUUAUUUCAGUGAAGACAUCCUGGAUGAUCUACAAGCCAAAAUUCAGGAGGGGACCUCAGUGCCUCAUUCAAGAGAUGGUCCCGGAAGUGGCACUCAUGAUGUCCAUGUGAGCCAAACUGGGAAUCAAGCAUUUAUUUCAGCACUUAAAGAGUUCCAGAGAGUUUCAGAUCUGCCUGUUACAGGGGUGUUUGAUGAGGCCACCCAGGAGGCGAUGAACAAACCGAGGUGUGGAGUCCCCGACAAGGAGAUUGACGCCUACGUAGAGCCUGAGAACACUGAUGGACCAGAUACCGAAGACAGUCUGAGUGACAGUUUUAAUGAGACAGGCAUCAGCAGCUCUAAUUCCUCUGAUGAUGACAUUUUCAAUUUUAAUGAUACAGAUACUCUUCUCGUGGGUAUUUCAAAUGAUACAAACAGGAACAGCUCCAGUUUCAGUGGUUUGGAUGGUCAGAUGGGGAAAAUUAGUAUGAACGCAAGUCUGAGUGACACAGUUAGACGCAGGAAGCGCCACCUUUCCAGUCUGGUGUCAAAAAGGCGGCAGAGAAGAGACCUGGAUCAAACUGGUUUCAUUGCUUUUUCUAAGAGUGUACUAAAAUGGCGGCUGAUCGGAGAAGGCUACAGCAGUCAGCUGAGUAUCGAGGAGCAAAGGUACAUCUUCAGACUGGCUUUCAGGAUGUGGAGUGAGGUGUCACCACUGGAGUUUAUUGAAGAUAUUAGGUCACCUUUGGAGGAUGUUGAUAUCAGGCUGGGCUUUGGCACAGGAAGGCAUUUGGGAUGCAAUCAAAGGUUUGACGGAAAUGGGCAAGAAUUUGCCCAUGCCUGGUUCCUUGGUGAUAUACACUUUGAUGAUGAUGAGCAUUUCACUGCUCCCAACUCUCACAGUGGAAUCAGCCUCCUUAAGGUGGCGGUUCAUGAAAUAGGCCAUGUUUUGGGCCUACCCCACAUCUACAGACCUGGAUCUAUCAUGCAGCCCAGCUAUUUGCCCCAUGAAUCAAGUUUUGAGAUGGACUGGAUGGACAGGAAAGCUAUACAGCAUCUUUACGGUGCGUGUAGAGGUAGAUUUGACACUGUGUUUGACUGGAUCAGAAAGGAGAAGACACCUUAUGGGGAUGUGACCAUCCACUUCAACACAUACUUCAUGAGAGAUGGUUUGUACUGGCUGUACGAGAACAGAAACAACAGAACGCGAUAUGGUGAUCCGGUUGCUCUGCAGAUCGGCUGGCAUGGGCUUCCCAGUGAUGGAGUAGAUGCAUAUGUGCAUGUGUGGUCCAGAAAGAAAGAUUAUGUUUAUUUCUUCAAAGGCACACAGUUCUGGAGAUAUGACAGUGAGAACGACCAGGUUUUCAGACAAGACUCAGAAGGACAGCAGUAUCCAAAGCUGAUUUCUGAGGGUUUCCCAGGUGUGCCCAGUCCAAUCAGUACAGCUUAUUAUGACAGGAGGGACUCCUGUAUCUACUUCUUCAAGGGUGAUAAAGUCUAUGCAUUCAAUGUGAAAACCAACAGCUUGGCAAGAGGCUUCCCAAAAAACAUCAGAGCCGUUUUCCCUCCAGUGGAGAGCGGAGACCAUCCAGAUGGCAACAUCGACGCUGCCUACUUCUCCUACACCCACAAUGCCAUCUUUCUACUCAAGGGCACCCGUUUCUGGCAAGUGGUGGGCAGCCGCGAACGUUGGCGCCGGCCCUUUCUGCCUCGAAAUGGCUUGAUGCCACACAAGGAGGUGGAUCAGCAGUGGUUUGACAUCUGCAACGUUCAUCCUGCUGCUCUCAGACUAACCCACUGAGGGGAGAGAGGAAUUAGCUCAUGUCUACAGAUGUAGUCUAAUGGUUUACCUGUAGGUAUACAUGCUGCCAUGUGUUUUCACGCAUCCAUUAUUUCAUUUUUCUCCAAUGCCGAUUGUGUAAUCUGUUUAAAAGACAAAAACAACUGUUGUUGGCUUGUUUUCGCAGAUGUGUGUAAAUAAUUUAUGUUACAGCUGCUGUUUGUUUCUCUUUUUCUCCUUGGAGAUGCUAGGUUCAUAGUGAUGUGUUAUGAUUCAGAU